CGUCGGUUCACCCAAAAAGCGUUGGCCUCUCUCACGCUUCUCUCUGGUUCGGUGGAAGGUUUUUGAUAUCGUCGUUUAGCUUUGAGAGUUUAUUAUCUUUUUCCAUUUAAAUAUUUGAACCGUUUAAAACUUCUCCGACGUGCCUGCCGUGUAAUCAAUCUACUUAAUCCAACCUAAUCGAAGAAGAAUAUACAUGUCGAUAUAAACGCAUGAUAGUUUCGUAAAAUCGCAAGUUGUCGAUUUUUUAGCUUAUGGUCCUUGCUAUCGCCAGUAAAAUGGAUUUUGGUACUCUAAUUUCCGUCGCGCAAAAGAACGAAACGAAGAAACAGCAGACCGCUAAGUGCUACCAGACAAAAUUUACAGCCCCGAAGAAAGUGUCUAAACAAUCUAAAGCCCUUUCUGAUAAUAUAAAAAAAUUUUUAGCUCGGAAAGAAGAAGAGGAAAGACGGAAAGCCUUGGAAGAAAAAAGGAAAAAGGAAAAUCUUUUAGCUUUACGAGAUCAGAAGACUCAGAAUCGAAUAAACAAACACUUGAAAGUUUGUAAAGCAGCAAACAAGUCGGCGAUCGAAGAUGCCAUUGACAGUGAAAAUACAGCUAUUACUAUCGCAGGUCCAUCUCAACCUGAUGAAGAUGAUUAUGGAUAUGAAUCCCAGACAGCUUCUGCACUGUACAAUCAAUUUAUGAGUAAAUAUAACAGUUUACCUCCAGAGAAGCCCAUUUUUAAUACUAGCGAAGCAAGAACGGUGAAAGAUAUUGCAACCACAAAGGACAGAGUAAAACAAGCUUUGAAACAGCAAGAACUCGAAGAAAGUAGCGGACAUAGGAAGAAAAGGAAAUCGUCCGUUUUGAAUGUAAAAGAAACUGAAGUUGAGGAGAAAGUAGAUAAGAACAACAAAGAAAUUAAUAACAAAGAAGUUAAUAACAAAAUUAAAGAAGAUAAGGACGAAAAACCUAAAGUGAAGAGAAAAUCAUUGCCACCGCCUAUGGGUUUUGCGGAACUUUUAAAACUUGCCGAGACAAAGCAGCAUGAACCUGUAGUUAUAGAAGUUAAACCAAAAGUCGAAAAUGAACGACCAAUGACAAAACGUCAAAAAAUGGAAUACUUACACGAAAAAGAGAGGAAGGAGCAACGUGAGAAGAAAGAUUUAGAUGUGAAUAAAAAAACGAACAUUACAAGUACAUCCAGCAAACCUGAUAAAACACAAUUAAAUAAGGUUCCGAAAGCUACUGAAAAAUCUGUAAUAACACCAAAUAAAAGUAUUUCCAAAUCUACAGUCACUUCUAAACAAAUCAUUGAUAAAUCCGACGAUAAACAUAACAUCGAAAAAUCAAAUUUGGACCAAAGCUCAUCUAAGAAUGAAUUAUUAGAAGAACGGAAAAAAUUGGAAGCUGAGAGAAGACAAUUGGAGGAAAUGCGACGCACUAUCGAAGAGGAAAAAAGAAAAUUAGCACAAAGUAAAAGUAAACUGGAAGACGUAAGAUCUGAACCUUCUAAUAAAUUAAAUAUUACCAAGCCUAAAACUAUAAAUAAACAAACAUCUAAGGAUAUUAAGCCGCGACAAUUCCCUCCUUCGGAUUUAAAGUUACCAGCUCCUACCUCUUCAGCUAAUACCAAGCCAAAACAAUUUCCACCACCCGAUGUUAGGCCCCCAAAAUCUAAGGCAGUCGUCAAAAAAGCACCCAAUAAAAGACGUAUCUGCGAUGAUGAGGAAGACGAUUCAGAUUUGGCUGAUUUUAUAGACGAUGGACUAGAAGAAAACGAAGAAGAUUACAGUAAACAUAUUAGCGAAAUAUUUGGCUAUGAUAAGAAUAAAUAUAGAAAUAUUGAUGAUGCAGAUGAUACUGCAAUGGAAAGUAAUUUUGCACAACAAUUAAAGGAAGAAUAUAUAUCUUCAAAAAUAGGAUAUAUGGAAGAUUUAGAAGACAUGCGUAUGGAAGCAUUAGAGAAGCAGAGAAAAGCUAUUCUGAAGAAAGGGAUCAAAAAAUAAUAUAAAUUACUUUAGCUUUGUAUAUAUUUAUUUCAUCUUUGGACAUAUUGAUAUUUAUUGGAUUAUAUAUUAAUGAAAGUAAACUUACUUUUAUUGGAUGCUUUCUUUAUGAUUGUUAUGAUUGUUAAAACGGUCCACUUAAUGCUACAAAUACUUCAAAGCAUUUUUUGAUUGAUUAAUUAGUAAAGUUCUUUCUUUUGAUUGCUUCAAAGUAUGUAGUAUCAAGUAGACCACAUCCUUUAAGUUGCAAAAAUGUAUGUAAACACGUUAAUUUUGUUUGUAUAUGCAUUAAUAUAAAAAGUUUUGUUAAAAA